GAAAUGUACUAGUACUUUUGCUAUUAGCUAUAUAUUGUGAGAGUGAUGAAAUUUGAGUAUGUAAUGAUGGUGUUUUGUUAAAUUGAGAAAUUUUUUUUUUGGAGAAAAUCGUUCUUUGGGCCUUUUUUUACAUGUUAGUGUUGGACUUGAGAACUUAUUUAGACCCAAUUCUUCUUUAUGUGAGAUUUUAGAUGGACAAAUUUAGCAAUGUAACUGAACCUAUCUAUUUACUUGGAGUUGGAGAUAAUGGUGGAGCCAACAAUUUCAAUCAAGGGAUUUUAAAAAAUUGCAAGAAUACCAAAUUAAAAAUUCAAAAGUGGGACUCUGAGGCUCUCUGUAAGAAAGACGAUAUUAAUAGUGCAACUAAAGUUCUUGAUGAGAUGCCUAUGAUGGGAAUAGUUCCCAAUGUUGUGAGCUACACAACCAUUUUGGGUUGUUAUGUAUCACUUGGUGAUUUACUCGGCGCCAAGAGGAUGUUUGAUGAAAUUGUUGAUAGAGGGUGGUUGCCUGAUGCAACGACGUACACUAUCUUGAUGCAUGGUUAUGUUAAGCAAGGGAAGUUUAUUGAUGCAGCUAAGAUAAUGGAUGAGAUGGACGACAAUGGGAUUGGGCCAAACGAAGUGACAUAUGGAAUUAUGAUUGAGGCAUUUUGCAAGGAAAAGAAGUCCGGUGAAGCUGUUAAUUUACUUAAUGAUAUGCUAGAUAAGAGGUAUAUACCAAGCCCAACACUUUGCUCUAAGGUGAUUGAUGUCUUGUGUGAAGAGGGGAAGGUUGAGGAGGCGUGUGAUUUGUGGAAGAAACUAUUGGUAAAAAAUUGUACUCCAGAUAAUACAAUAUCGAGCACACUUGUUCACUGGCUCUGUAAGAAGGGACAGAUUCGGGAAGCAAGGAAAUUGUUUGACGAGUUUGAAAAGAGUUCGAGUCCUAGUGUUUUGACAUAUAACAUGCUUAUUGCUGGGAUGCGUGAGAAAGGAGAACUGCAUGAAGCUGGGAGGUUAUGGGAUGACAUGGUAGACAAGGGUUGCAUUCCUAAUGCUUUUACUUACAACAUGUUGAUCAAAGGCUUUUGCAAAGUUGGAAAUGCUAAGGAAGGAAUUAGAGUUCUGGAAGAGAUGCUUGACAAAGGGUGUCACCCAAACAAAUCUACUUAUUCCAUCUUAAUCAAGGGGCUUCUUGACUCUGAAGUCAACGCAGAAGUUUUAAGGGUGAUAAUUUGUGAAAUUUCAGCCCAUCCAAAAAUUAAGAAAUGCCUAAUCCACAUUAAGUGUAAGAUCAUGAUUUCACUUAUAUCAGCUACCAAUAGUUUCUUACUUUGUAUAUGA